AGGAGGAGGUGGGAGAUGUGGAGUGGGGCCGGCAACAUCACUUAGCCGCAACACAUUCAUUCACAUAAGGAGCAAGAGAGGCUUCCACACCAAGUUAGUGUGAGAAGAUUAGAGCUGUAGGAACAUCGCCCAUAUCCCUGAUAGUGACUUUAUUGCCUUUUUGAAAGGAUAGUACAAGAUGAAGAGCUUUGUGGUGUUAGCAGUGAUUAUCACUUUGUGUCAAAUUGGAAGGAACCCUGCCAGUGCGGGGAUGUGCUGGCUGCAGCACAGUCAACGGUGCGACAUGGUGCUGAUGAGAGGGGUCACCAAAGAGGAAUGCUGCGCGGGCGGCCGCUUGGACACGGCGUGGUCCAACACUAGUCUGCCCAUGAACGAGGUCAGCCUGCUGGGCUUCUUGGGCAUUGUAUCAUGCAAACCCUGCAAAGAGACGUGCGAGGGUGUGAAGUGUGGCGAUAGCAAAGUGUGCAAGAUGAAGAUGGGAAGGCCCCAGUGCGUAUGCGCUCCAGACUGCUCCCACAUCGUACGAAGGCACGCCAUAUGUGGCAGCGACGGGAAAUCGUACAAGGACGAGUGCGUUCUACUCAUGGCCCGCUGCAUGGGACACCCUGACCUGGAGGUCAUGUACCAGGGAGAGUGCAAAAAGUCAUGCUCCAACGUAGUGUGCCCAGGAACGCACACCUGCGUGACAGACCAAACCAACAGUGCCCACUGCGUCAUGUGCCGCACCACGCCCUGCCCGAAACCCCUGCCGUCCGAGCAACCAAUCUGCGGCAAUGACAACAUCUCGUACCCCAGCGCUUGCCACCUGCGACGUGCCACCUGCUUUCUUGGCCGCUCAAUAGGCGUCCGCCACUACGGCCAUUGCAACAAUCCCCCAAGGAAACCGCACGUGUUCAGCAGCAUCGAAGAAAACACCGUCUAGACGUCAACAAACGUACACAAGCUGACCUCUGUUGCUUUUGUGACAACCAUGACUUCCUUCUGUUCACAGUUUGUUUGAUGUGCAAGCAGUGGUGUGGCGUGGGGUGGUGCGUAUAAAAAAAAAAGUACACUAAAUAAGUCAAGUUGUAUUACACCUUCGCCUGCAUGUUUUACUGUAGUUUCUGACUUUCACUUUGUCCGGUGUUCUGACGAAUGGGUAUCCCGGUCGAAUUGAUAUCCUAAGCGCUAUUGAGCAUGCGCACGACAACCAAGCCCCUCCAGUGGUGAUCCCAUGUCAAAUGUCCUUCGAGCUCAUUUACCAUUUUGACCACAACGUCGUGGCUGUAGUUGUUGCUACGAGUAAUUUUUUUUUUUUUUUAAAUAUAUCCAUUUUAUAGUGCCUUUUCUCCACUAAACUUACAUAUAUGCACGAAAGACUACAACAGAAUAUUGAUGAUAUUUCAAGAUAAUAGCGUUAGGACGUAAACGUUGUCUAACAAGCAGUAAACAAGAGGGUCGCCUGUGUUUUAGCGGUGUUUAUUGUUCAAGAUGGAAUAUUAACAUAGCGGGAGUAUCUAAAUAUUUAAUAUAAUAAUUAAAGAUGUCCCGAUCACGUCAUUUUCAAAGUAUCGGAAUCGGCAAAAAAAUAUCGGACAUGCCUUUUUUGAUAUAUGUAUAUUUUUUUCAUUUAAAUCAUUUUCUAAUUGUAUUUAACGUUACAGACAAAAUGUCUUACACUCAUCCAGAGUACUUUUGGCUUAAAGUAGGGCUAUCAAAUUUAUUGCGUUAACGGCGGUAAUGAAUUUUUUUAAAUUAAUCACGUUAAAUAAUUAACGCAUGCGCUGCACGACCCACUCACGCAUUGUCGCGUUCAAUCUAUAAAGACGCCGUUUUACCUAUAGAAAGCGCUAAAAGGCAGCGUACAAUGAGUAGAGAGAAUUUUGACAGCCUUUGGAGCCAUUUUUUUAUGUGGCUAAAGCCUUACAAUACCUCUCUCAGCAAUUAAAAAUAAGGUGGGAGGCAAUGUGGGGAAGAAAGGUAGUAGUUGAUCAUUUUCUUAACACCCUAUGUUCUUUCCCAAUGCAGAGAAGAUAUAUAAAUUGGUGCCCCUACGCACAGUCGUGGUUGCACUUCCCAUCAUGCAUUUGGGCAGAAGUUAAAUGGCUGCAGUAUCAUUUACUGAAAGCUCAACAAAUACACUAGAUGGCAAUAUUUAGUCACAAUAUACAAAGUCACAUUUAUCCUUUAAGAGUUACAAGUCUUUCUAUCCGUGGAUCCCUCUCACAGAAAGAAUGUUAAUAAUGUAAAUGCCAUCUUGAGGAUUUAUUGUCAUAAUAAACAAAUACAGUACUUAUGUUGAACGUAUAUAUUCGUCCGAGUUUUAUUCAUUUUUUUCUUAAUGCAUUGCCAAAAUGUAUAUGAUCGGGAAAAAUUAUCAGGAAUGAUUGGAAUUGAAUCGGGAGCAAAAAAAAAAAAAAAAAGCAAUCGGAUCGGGAAAUAUCGGGAUUGGCAGAUACUCAAACUAAAAUGAUCGGGAUCGGAUCGGGAGCAAAAAAACAUGAUCGGAACAACCCUAAUAAUAAUAUUUCUAUAUUAUAUCUGAAUAGAUGUGUCAAAACGUAUAUUUGUUCAACAUUAAGCUGCUAUGAACAACGGGGAGAUUACCUCGACGAAGGAGCGCAAAUCGACAGAACACCGGAACAACGUUGGCCCAAAAAGCAACAAAAGGCUAAAAACUGGGCAAUUGCACCCACGAAUGGCUUCGAGGUGCCACGUAACCCACGCUACCCCACUUGUAUAGAAGUGCUCUCUGAUUAUAAUGAAAAAACUGCAUGCAAGUUAGUUUGGGGUAAAUGAACACAUCAAGAAGACAGAACUUCACAGGAGACGUGUUCAUAUUGUAAAUAGAAUACCGCAACUAUUUAUUGGAGAAGGUAUUAAUCACUAUUUAUGAUUUUAUCAUAACACAUCAACAUAUCCUUGGGAAAGCUAAAGCAAAACUCUAUUUAUUGUGCUUGUCUUUUUUCUUUUCUUUUCUUAGCCAGUGGCAACCGCAUUUUUACGGGCUGGUUUCAAGACAAACACCAGUUUUUUCCUCAUUAACUUGAUGGGAUGAAAUCUGGGCAGAAAGCUAAAACCAAGUUUAUUGCCAGGGUAAUUUCAAAGCUGUGCUGUGAGUGAUAAAGUUGUUGUUUAGGGUUUCAGCAAAACAUGUACUUGUAAAGUAUUUUAUGUUUACACUAACAACUAUGAAAAGCCAUCUAAGCAUGUAUUUGAUAUCCUUGAUAUCUAGGUUGAGGUUAAGUCAUUUUUUUCUCUCAUAAGACAAUUCACUAGUAGAAAGUGCAAUGUAUUGUCUUACAAAUGAAGAUAAAACUGACUAUAGAGCCACAUUCGGACAUUCCCAUCAGUGAACUUUUAACUUUUAUGCAACAAUACCUCCUCUGUGGAACGCUGACCUUUGUUUUUGUUUUAUUUUGUAAAUACAAGCUUUUGUAGGACGCGCUCUGCUCUUGUUUUUUGGCUGUUUCAAUUUGAUUGGAAUUCCCCCAAAGAAUGUAGCGGAGAAGAUCGAAUUAGUCUCGGAAUGAACCUCAGUAGCCAACACUUGAUGUCGUGCCAUCAGAGGUGAGUCAGGUCUCUGUCGUGUUGACGGCCCCGAUGAACUCCCUGAGUCUGUGGUAAGAAGAGAUUGAAUUGAGCACGCGUACUUCUUUGCGUGUGUGACCUACUGUGAAAAAUGAAGUAAUAAAUGCCUCCUAUUUUUGUACUGUCGUUUUCACAUCAUAAAGUUAUUACUAUCAGA